CAACUCAUUUUGAGAAACCAAACAGAUAAGAGCAACAAGAUAACAACUCCAGACUAGUGAAAAAAGCUCAAACAACCAUGGCAGCUUCCGCAACCGCGGCUGUGUUCUCCGGUCUAUGCUUCCGCCGAGGAGCAGAGUCCUCCAAGAGAAUAUUGUCUUCCAAGACCCAAGCAGUUUCCGAUAUUGGGUUCGUCACCAGUCAGCUCAGUGGCCUCAAAAUCUCCUACGACGUGUCGUCUCACCUCCCAACUCCCAUCUUCACCCCUUCCCUCCCUGGCCUUCAGCCCAUUGUUGCUCGUAGAAUUUGUCCGUUUACUGGGAAGAAAGCAAACAAGGCAAACAAGAUUUCUUUCUCGGCCCACAAGACCAAGAAGUUGCAGUUUGUGAACCUGCAGUACAAGAGGAUUUGGUGGGAAGGUGGGAAGCGCUUUUUGAAGCUGCGCUUGUCAACCAAAGCAAUCAAGACCAUAGAGAAGAAUGGACUGGAAGCCGUUGCCAAGAAGGCUGGGAUAGAUCUUCGUAAGUGUUGAUAGCACUUGAUUCAUUAGAUUCUUUUGUAAGGCAUUCCUAAUCACUAUGUUUUGUUCUGUUUGUCUUUGUUUCUUACAAUCAGUGAGUUGUUAAUUCUGCAAGCUAUAAGUUCUCUUUUGCUCAUUGGUGUAUGUAUGAUGAAUGAGAAUGAGUCUGAGUAAUGUUGUGCUUUUCUGGUUGGCAA